AUGACCGUCUCCUCCUUCGCGACCCGUGUAUCGACCCUUCGACGUCUUCACCAAGCAGCCAAUAGGAAUCUGUCCAGGUCAACCCGCCGAUAUGAGAGCUCCCACACAACCUCAUCCACCCGCAACACCUCAACACCACCCGGCCGCACGAUCCCCGGUCCCUCCUGGGCAUGGGUAGAACCCCUCGCGACCCCCUUCCGCGCCUACGGAGCAAUGCAACGCCGCAGCCCCCUGAUGACACAAUUCAGCUCCUCCCUAAUCAUCUACUUCCUCGGUGACCUCUCCGCCCAAAGCGUAGGAUCCAACGGCUUCUCGGAAGAGGGAUCCCGCUACGAACCCAUCCGUGGCCUGCGAGCGAUGAUAAUAGCGAGUAUCUGCUGUAUACCCAGCUAUAAAUGGUUCCUCUGGCUCGGCAAUAACUUCAAUUACUCAUCGCACUGGUUCAGUAUUGGGGUCAAGAUUCUCGUCAAUCAGACUUUCUUCACUCCCGUGUUCAAUACGUAUUUCUUCGGGAUGCAAUCGUUACUUGCGGGAGCUAGUUGGAGCGAGACGAUUAGGCGGGUGAAGGAGACGGUCCCGAUUAGUUUUGUGAACAGUUGGAAGUUGUGGCCGGCUGUGACGGCUUUUAGCUUUACGUAUUUGAAGCCGAGGAAUCGGCCGAUUUUUGCCGGGUGCAUUGCGGUCGUUUGGCAGACUUAUCUGAGUUGGUUGAACAAGCAGGCGGAGGGGACGGAGGAGCAGGAGGUGGUUGGGAGUGGUGCGGUGGUGCAGGAUGCGAAGGGCUGA